AUUUACACAAAGUUUCUGCACUGGUUUGGUCGAGCAACUAUGGCGAUACUUACGUUAAUCGCGGUAUUUUUAUCGACUGUAGCAUUAGGGUCUCAAGCUAUUGGCCCCAGGACCAUCACUAUAAAUAAUGUUCCAAUGAUUGACGAAAUCGAAAGAAAUACGAACGAAUCAGGCUCAGUGGACAAGACACAGGAUCUAUUUCAAGAUUUUAUGAAGACUUAUGAUAAAAAGUAUGAUACAGAAGAAGAACAUCAAUUACGCUACCAGAUUUUCCAAGAUAACUUGCUGAAAGCUGAACGGUUACAACAAACUGAACAAGCUACAGGACAAUAUGGCGUCACCAAGUUCAUGGAUCUUUCAGAGGAGGAGUUCAGGAAAUAUUAUUUGACUCCAGUAUGGCGAGGUAGUGAUCCACACAUGAAGAAGGCAGAGAUACCGAAGGGUACACCACCUGCAGCUUUUGAUUGGAGAGAUGCGGAUAAGAAUGCUGUAACAAAGGUCAAAAAUCAAGGUACAUGCGGGUCAUGCUGGGCAUUCUCUACAACCGGCAAUAUUGAAGGACAGUGGAAGAUAAAGAAAGGAACGCUAGUGUCUCUCUCAGAACAAGAGUUAGUGGACUGUGAUAAGCUUGAUCAGGGUUGUAAUGGUGGACUCCCUUCAAAUGCAUACCAAGAAAUCAUGAGAUUUGGCGGUAUUAUGAGUGAAGACGACUACCCAUAUACCGGCCGUGAUCAAGAUUGUAAAUUAAAUGCUACUUUAAAUAAAGUCUACAUCAAUGGAUCAAUGAACAUCUCUAAGGAUGAAGGAGAUAUGGCCAGUUGGUUGGCUGCUAAUGGACCAAUAUCUAUCGGUAUUAACGCCAAUGCCAUGCAGUUCUACUUUGGUGGAGUGUCCCAUCCAUGGAAGAUAUUCUGUAAUCCAGAGAACCUAGACCAUGGCGUUCUCAUUGUGGGAUAUGGAACAAAGGAUGGUACUCCGUAUUGGAUCAUCAAAAAUAGUUGGGGCAGGUCGUGGGGUGUGGAAGGUUAUUACUUAGUAUAUCGCGGCGGUGGAGUGUGUGGUUUAAACGAAAUGUGUACUUCGGCUAUAGUGAAAUAAAAUACACUACAUCAUCUACCAGAUGUGGCUUUAAUUGCUACCUAGUGUACAACCACUAUAAGUGAAAUUAAUUAUCAAAAUAACACUUUUCAAUUCUUCCUUCGCAUAAGAACCCAGUAGUGUUACGGGUACACAGUGUAUUGAAUCACUGUGUUAUUUUAAUGCAAUACUGUUAAUAAUCAGGACUGAUUUUUAAAAAAUCAUAAAUUAUAAAAUAUUUGUGUAAAAGUUAAUUUUAAUACAAUCUUGAGUUCUGCCUGGGAAAGAUUUCUAUGAUAAACAAUUUGUUUAUAUUCACAGAAUGUAUAGGCAGUGUUGAUCAUACAUUGUAAUUGCAUUUGGAUAGAAUCAAAUUUGUUUCUGAAUUUAAUUUUUCUACAACUGA